AUGGACUUUAGAAACCGUGAUAUCACGUGGACGGCACGUGCCGAUACAGUCUUCUCACGUGGUUUAUCCAAUUCUGCUGAGAGCAGUCAGAAAUCCGAGCUCAAACGCCAACUAAAACAUCUCCUCCAGAGGCGCUCACGCACAUGGUGGAACAAAACCACUCUUGAAAAAUACUUGGCCCAAGGUUUAAUUCCGCGGGGACUUAGGAUUCAGGUGUUCCCCUCAUUCCCUAUAGACAGCGAUAACUUUAAGGACCAGUGGGAAGCAGCAUGCUCCACGUGCUCCAAAACCUUUUUGGAAUUAUUGGUAAGUCAUAAUAUACAAACACUCACCUCUCUGGAAACUGAGAUAGAGGAACUAUCUAGAAAGAUCCGCCUAGAUCUAUCUACAGAAGAAUUGACGACAUGGAACCAAGAAGUGGACUCCUGGUUUAAAGACUGGGAGGAGAAAAUCGAAAUAGUUAAGGUGAAAAAAUACCAGAGGGAUCUGACAGACCUCCAACUAAACCGGGUGUAUCGCUGGAGGACUCCCCAAACGAACCUGGUAAGAACCUCUUCAAUCUCCUCUAUUUCUUCGAUUGGAGCCUCUUCAAGUACAUCUUCAUCUAGCUCCCAACGCAAUAAAUUUAAGAAAUCACGACGCAAACCUGAAUAUAACCAACGCUCCAAUGAAAGACGCUUUACCAGACAGAGAGGAGACACACCGGCACCUGGACCUUCCCUUAAGUAAAAGACAUUCAACUAUUUGCACGACGCCUGAUCCUCAAAAAACUGCACACAAGACACUUUGAUCUGAAUACUGAAAACCUGUUGGGUUCCACGGUAGAACAGGAGGCUAUUUUAAACUUACAAUCAUUACUGGAUGAACAGGAUCCUAUGCCACAACUAGGAACAGGUGAGUACCCGCGCUACCUUUUACCUAAGAGUGUCACCUUCCCUCCUACGACUUUGGUUCCUGAGGUGGAUAUGUUUAUCAAAUUGGUAAUUAGGGACUUGAGACGCCUGGCAGAAACAAGAGCCAGUGACAAUCUAACAUACCCCCAGCGAAAGGCUGUUCAAGAACUGAGGGCUUUGAAAAACGUGGUUAUAAAACCA